CUAAGUUUUCAUUUUUUUUUUUUUUUGCUGAAUUCUAAAUCACUUCUUCUGCUUCUCUCCCAUCAAAUCUUGGGUUCCGUUUUGGUUGUCAAAAGAUGGAUCAAAAAGAUAAGCAUGCGGUUUCAGAUCAUCAUGGGUGGGUUAAAUCUUGCAAGAAAGAGAAGAUGAAGCAGCAACGAUCGCUUCUUCUGGGUUCUUGCCAAGCUGAGUUAGAAUCACCAUCUGCAGCGAAAAGCCCUUCACGAACGGUACGUGAGUGCAAUAUUUGCGGCAAGGUUUUCAGCAGCGGUAAGGCUUUGGGGGGUCACAGAAGAUCGCACUUUCAGAAGCACCAGAAGAAGGUAAAAGUCCGUUUCACUAAUCACUCAUCAAAAGAAGCUGGUGAUACCAGCAACAAUAUUAAUAGGGCUAGCAAUUGUGAUUAUGAUGCUGAUGAUGACGGAAAACGCGUUUGUUGCAUUUGCAAGAAGGAAUUCCCCACAAAGAAUGCUUUGUUUGGUCACAUGCGAUCUCACCCUGAGAGGUCAUGGAGGGGUGUGUCUCCUCCCACUCAUUUUCCCAAUAAGAACUCUUCGUCUUCUUCUUCUCUCUCUUCUUCUUUCUCUUUUUCUUCCCAUAAUUCUGAUUCUAUGGAGAAAAACAUGGAAGAGGAUCGUGAUGAUUAUGAUGAAUGUGUUGGUGUUGGAGCUGUUUGUGAUGGUGGGGGUAAUAGGGCUAUUGAUCUUUCAACUUUUACUUGCCCCAGUUGGCUUAAGACUGAUGUGAGAGGAAGAAAGUGUAUUGGGGCUUAUGAGGCUGCUGAAACCCUUGCUUACUUAAGUGUUUACUCUAAGUACUUUUGUGGUGAGUCUAAUGGGGUUUCUCCGAAGAAAGAUGAAGUGCGGCCGAAGAGUGCUCCACCUCUAAUCAAGCUUGGCAAAAGGAAGAUUAAUUUUAGUGGAUCGUCUUCAAGUAAGAAGCAUGAGGUGAAAAAGAUAAAAUUUUAUCUGAAGGGUGAAUUGAAAAUCGGAAAGAGAAAUGACGCGGAUGGUGAAGAUGAUGAUGAUGAGGAUGAGAAGUUGAAUAGGUGCAAGGGUUUAUCUGAAUCUGAGGUGGAAGAUGAGGAGGGUUUCGACAAUGUGAUCACUGAGGUGGUUGCUCCCGAUAGGAUGCAAGAUGACGUUGAUGAAAGGAAGGGGAAGAGGGUGGUGGAUCAUAAAGGGAAGAACAUUAAGAAACUGGUGCUGAAAUCUAUGGCAAAAGAGAAAGAGAAUGAGAAAGUUGGUGGCUACAAAUGUGGUGCUUGUGGGAAGAUUUUCUCAACUUUUCAAGGCUUAGGAGGACACAGAUCAGUCCACAAGGGGAAGAACAACAACACUGUAAUAAUCAUGGACGAGUCCAACCACAACCACUCCGAAGCUCUUGGUGAUCAAGAAAACAACUCUUCCAGCUCUAGUAACAUGCACAAGGUGGAUGAAGCACCGUUGCCAACCGACGAGACAAGAGUGAAUGAAGAAAUACCAGAAACACCACCAUUGCUGGCAGACGAGGCAUGUCAAUCUUCUUUAGGUGUCAAGAAAUUGGACUUUGAUCUGAAUGAAUUGCCUUGUGCUAUGGAGGAUUGAGCAAUUUGUAUAUUUCUCCAUUUUGCUAUAAUUAGAUGAUGUUUGAUAUCAAUCUUGCAACCUUGUUAACGUAAGUUUCAAUAGUUUAGUUUCUAGAAUUUUUAUGGUAGGCUCUAAGACUUAAGAGUUGAGGUAAAGUUAUUGGAGAAACUCUCUCUAAUUACUCAGGUACUGGUCUAAAGAAAGAAUUGUACCAAAGUUCUUAACUUUACUUGUGACCAUAGCAACUCUCCUUUGUUUUAUUUGAUUAAGCAUGUUUUUAGUU